GGAAGCGACGCAACAAAACACUGAGAGGCUGCAGCACCACAACCGAGAAGAUGUCUCAUGUCGUAAAGAAAAGAAAAUUGGAUAAAACGCGACAGGACCGACUGUACUUUGACAGCUAUACCGAUGUGACCAUCCACGAGGAAAUGAUAGCGGACCACGUCCGUACUAACACGUACCGGAUGGCGAUACUGAGGAACAGUGAGUCCAUACGGGGUAAAGUUGUACUGGACGUCGGGGCAGGAACCGGUGUUUUAAGUAUUUUCUGUGUACAAGCCGGUGCUAAGAAAGUGUACGCCGUUGAAGCGUGCUCUAUCGCCGAGCAGGCUGUGAAAAUAGUCCAACAGAACAACAUGGAGGACAAAAUUGAAGUCAUUCGAGGCACGGUGGAGACGGUGGACCUACCGGAGCAGGUGGAGGUGAUAGUGAGCGAGUGGAUGGGUUAUGCCCUCCUGCACGAGUCCAUGCUCAACUCGGUCCUCUACGCGCGCGACAAAUGGCUGAAGCCGGGCGGCAUCAUCCUGCCCAACAAAGCCGAGCUCUACAUCGCACCCAUCAGCGACCCGGUGGUGGAGGACCGCUUACAUUUCUGGUACACCGUCAAAGACCAGUACGGCGUCGACAUGUCCUGCAUGUCCGACUUCGCCACGAGCUGUAUCAUGAACUCAGACAUCACCGUGAACUCGGUGACGGUGGAGGACGUGCUCUCCCACCCGGCCCGCUUCGCCGAGCUCGACCUGCACUCGGUCACCGUGGAGGAGCUGCGGUCGGUGAAGGGCAAGUUCAGGUGCGAGUCGUUCGGCUCGGCGGCGGUGAACGCUUUCUGUGUGUACUUCACGGUGACUUUCCCCUGCCCGGACAAGCCGCUUGUGCUCUCCACGUCUCCGUUCAACCCGGAGACCCACUGGAAGCAGGCGGUGCUGUACCUGGACGCUCCGGUGAAUGUGGUGCAAGACACCGUGGUUACCGGAGAGGUCAGCAUGUAUCCCUCGGAGGAAAGCGCCAGACAUAUAUGUAUCCAUGCGGACUACACGAUAGGAGAGCAGAAAAAACAGUCCAAGACUUUCUCCAUCCCGGACUGGAGCAGUGAAGCUCAGCCAUAAUGCAGCAGCAACAUGUAGUGUUUCAUUUCAGUCAGUCUUUGUUUUAUUAUUACCUGCUCACUGUGAGUGUGAGGGGACGUUUAGCAAUGGCUGUAUUUCUGACCAGUGUGAACUGAAACCAUAAUAUCACAUGAGGUCUAAAAUGCAUGAAAGGACUGCAGUUGACAUCUACACACACAUUCAAGAGUUUGUCCCAUGGCUCCAGGCUAAAGUUUUUAAACAUUUAGAGGGUAUUGUUUAAGUAGCCACACACACACACACACAGUGACUACUACAAUCAAUAUGAGAACUACAGUACAUGUUGUUUAUGGUGUUUUAUGCUUGUUUUAACGCCUAAUAAAUAAUUUGACCCCUGAA